AUGCCGCACCCCUCCGCCUGCCCAUCUCCAGCAGAGGACCAAGGGCUCAGAAGGAACCAGACCUCAGUCACUGAGUUCAUCCUGCUGGGGCUCUCUGACGUCUGUGAGCUACAGACAUUCAUCUUCCUGGGGUUUCUCCUGACCUACUCUAUCACUCUGCUGGGGAAUCUCCUCAUCGUGAUCAUCACCCUCCUAGACAGGCGCCUCUACACCCCCAUGUACUACUUUCUCCGCAACUUUGCUGUCCUGGAGAUCUGGUUUACCUCGAUCAUCUUCCCCAAGAUGCUAGUCAACAUCCUGACAGGAUGCAAGACCAUCUCUCUAAUGGGUUGUUUCCUACAGACUUUCUUCUAUUUCUUUCUGGGCACCACAGAGUUCAUCCUGCUGGCAGUGAUGUCCUUUGACAGGUAUGUGGCCAUCUGUAAUCCCUUACGUUAUGCCACCAUCAUGAACAAAAGGGUCUGUGUCCAGCUAGUGCUUUGUUCAUGGACGACAGGACUCCUUCUUGUGAUUGUUCCCAGUUUCCUUACAUUCCAGCUCCCCUUCUGUGGCCCCAAUGUCAUUAAUCAUUUCUUCUGCGACAGCUUCCCCCUUCUGGAACUCAUAUGUGCAGACACGAGUCUGAUUGAGUUUCUGAGUUUUAUAAGCGCCAUCAUCAGCUUACUGGGCACACUGUGUGUGACGGCCACCUGCUACGGCCACAUCCUGCGCACCAUCCUGCGCAUCCCCUCAGCCAAGGAGAGACAGAAGGCCUUCUCAAACUGCUCCUCCCACAUCAUUGUCGUGUCUCUCUUCUAUGGAAGCUGCAUCUUCAUGUAUGUCCGGUCAGGCAAGGAUGACCAGGGGGAGGACAGGAGCAAGGUGGUGGCCUUGCUCAACACCGUGGUAACCCCCAUGCUCAAUCCUUUCAUUUACACCCUGAGAAACAAGCAGGUAAAGCAGGUGUUUAAGGAGCAGAUAAACAAACUCUUCUCAUAA